UAGAGUGACCUCCCUUUGCAAAUCUCUAUUUUGUUUUAUUUCAACAGCAAGUAAAAAAGUAAUGUCAAAGAAAAAAGAAGGUGGUGGUGAACCAAGUUUUGACCUGGAACAGCAGUUUAUAAUGAGACUCCCACCAGGACCAGCAGCAGCUUUAAGGCAUGACUUGUUGACAGAAAAUCCACACAUUCCAGACAAGCUGAGCAUUGAGUUGCAGUCAGACUUGAGGAGAGGAGCCAUCCGGUACGGGAAUGAAUACAUACCUGCCAAACUUGUGGACCUACCAUCUAUUAUAGAGAGUCUCAAAACAGUGGACAAGAAAACUUUUUACAAAACGGCAGACAUUUCACAAAUGCUGGUGCCUACAACAGAGGAAGAGAUUGCUGGUGAUGAAAAUGAGCCUGUCAGCAAAAAGAAGGGUGAUAAAGACAAGAAAUUCAUGUGGAAUCAUGGAAUCACACCACCAUUGAAGAACUGCAGAAGAAGAAGGUUCAGAAAGACCUUGAAGAAAAAGUACAUGGAGCAGCCAGACAUAGAGAAGGAGGUAAAGAGGCUGUUCCGUGCCGACUACGAGGCUAUAGAAGUCAAGUGGGAGCUCAUCAACGACGAGGAGAAGGGGGACGGGGAAAAGGGGGAAAACUCUGCGGGGACAGGAGGGGGCCUCUCAGCAGAUAAAGGACAAUAUGAAGCCAUAUUUGGAGACCUGAGCUCCUCUGACGAGGAUGACGAGAAAGAUGUGAACGUUCUGGACAGCGAGGACGAAGCUUCCCGCCAGGCUAGUUCCCGUCUGGACCAGUCUGGUUCCCAGCCCAUGAAACAGGAAGUCCAGUACAUGUCCAUGGACAGUCUGAUGCUCGGGAACCAGUCAAUGGCAGAUGAAUCUGUGGACAUGAACCUUUACAUGGAGGAGACAAUGAACAGUAUGAAAGAAUCCAUUGAUGCUUCCAAAAACAUCCUGGACGACUAGUAGAAUGUGCAACAAUACUCAUUUACCAUGAAACAUUGCAAGCAAGCAUGCAGAUGUAAAGAUAAUUUUGGCACUUUGCUGAAGUGUGCAUGUAGCAGUAAUAGCAACAGAACCACGAAGCAUUGUGAAUGAAGCAGUAAAGUAACAGACGAUUGUUAUAGUUGCUGAAGUGUUGCUUAACACGUUGGAUGAAGAGUUGAUUUGACUCUUCUAUUAAAUGAAGGGGUGAUUCGACUAGUGUGAAAACAACUACCAAAGAAAGAGAACAUAGGUGAUCAGCUGAGAUAGCAGCCAGCCUCUGAUUGGCACAGAACAAGUGACUUGUUAUAGGAAGUCAUUGCAUUUCAAUUGAAAUAUUGAGCAAUAUGAUACCCUUAUUGAUUCGAUUUAGAUCUUAAAAAUAAUUACAAGAUUUAAAUUCAGCUAUGGACAACAUUUGCUCAUGUAAUAUUUCAAAGAAUAACAUUUUCAAAUUUGUAAAGAUUUAACUUAUUAUAUAACUCCUUGUUAUACGUUGAGUGUUGUAGGUCAGACAAUCACACAUAACCUUUUCACUGCUAUUUAUAUUUGACUCAAUUUUGUGUACGAUUUGGAUUAUAAGUAAGAAAACAUCCCUAUAAAGGUCAUGUAGUUAUUCUGUAUGGCAAAUGGAACAACCAUUAUGUGGGACUGUUCAUGUAACAAUUUAGAGUACAGAUAUUGUUUUCUGGGAUACAAUUUUACAAUCUUGAUAUACUUUUGAGCAAUGGCAGAAUGCAGGAAUGUUCCUUAUGUAUGUAUUUAAGUUGUUUGUAUUGUGUUAAAGACCAGUACCUGCAUUCACAGAACUCUUUUUGUAAAAAUUAGUAAAUAAAAAAAUAUGCCAUAA